AUUGUUUGUGGUUUACAAAAUGGUCUUAUAUUUUUAUUUAAUAAUCAAAAUAUAAUAAUAUCGAUAUGAAAAGUACAUAAUAUUUUAAUUUAAUGGGUAAUUCGCACAACAAAAGCAAUAACUAUAGAAAUUUUAAACAAUCUUCGACCUCGGAUCGCGAUAGGCAAGCGUACAAUAGUCAGUUCAGUUUGUCCCAUUUCGUCGGUAACCUCAGCGGACGUUCAUACCAAAGCGUUACCAGCAACCAGUCGGUAUACAGCGCAUCGCGACCUUGGUCUCGGGUCUCCAGAAGAAGGUGGAAUGAAACAACACUAAAAAAUCCACUAGAAGCAAGUAAAACUGCCUGGCCAGUUGCUCACAAAGAAUCCAUCUUCCUGCCUGAAUUCCCCAUCACCACAGACUUACUGCAGCGAGACUAUAUAAUAGAAGAAACUAUAGCUAAAGGUGCAUUUGGCCAAGUGUAUAGAGUGAAGAAAGUGAGCGAAGAUAAAGAUUAUGCUUUAAAAGUUCUUAGUAAGGCACAGAUUGUAAAUCAAAACGCUAUACGCCAAGUGAAAGAAGAAGCCCGAAUCCAAACGGCUUGUGGACACCAUUCUUUUAUAGCAGGGGCCGUAUCCAGGUGGCAGACAAAGAAAAGACUUUAUAUCGUUUCAGAGUACAUUCCUGGUGGUGAAUUAUUAGCUUUGCUAGAUAAAUACGGGAAGAUACCCGAGGAGCUAGUAAAGAUAUUCGUCGCCGAGAUCGCUAUCGCUUUAGAUUUUCUUCACAACGCUGGUGUUAUAUAUAGAGAUUUGAAACCGGAAAAUAUUCUGCUUGACUCUGACUACCACGUUCAACUGAUCGACUUCGGACUCUCCAAGUGGUUGUCUAUAGGAUCGCGAACUACCACACUCUGCGGCACUCUAAAGUAUAUGGCUCCAGAGGUGCUGGGCCGGGAGCCAUAUGGGCAUGCUGUAGAUUGGUGGUCCUUGGGAGUUAUCAUAUGCCGCAUGCUCAUUAAUGAGGUGGAAAUGUGA